AAAUAGAAGAAGCUGAAAUUUCUCCUAUAUUUUAUGAUUUUUCCCCCCAGUUAUUAAAAGUAAAUGAAACAAGAUUUCGUUUGAAUUCGACUAGUUGUCAAAUAUUUUCACUUUAUUAGUGGAGUACCAUUUUCGUAAAAUGAUGGUAGAUAUCAUCACACUUAGUUCAAAGAUACCUAGCACAAUAUCCAAUGAUAGUGUCAGUUGUAAUUAAUUAAAUUAUUGACAAUUAAUACAAUUUAAAAAAAUUAUGCUAAAUUUCACUGUGGACGCCUACUGCUGUGAAAUAUCAACUUGUGUACACUUGUCCAUAUUUAUCUACUAAUUACAUUCUUAAAUUGAAUGUAUAAAUGCCAUUACACAAUAAUAUUUAUACGAACAAAUUACCUGAAUUAAACACCUCAAAUUACAACAGUAACUAUCUUCCAGGAAAUCAGGAAAAGUCCUAUUUGAAUAUGACGUCGAAUUAUGACUACCAUAAUCGUUUCCCACAGAGUCAAUCGAAAGAAGUUUUGAAGCAAUACUCAGGAGAAUUUGAAAGCAUAGGCGAAGAAACACGCUUCUAUCAAGGAUAUCAGCUGAGUAUGAGUGACUUGAGAAAGGCUACUUCUGCAUCGAAACAAGCGGCAGGCUGUUUGUUUACCAACUUCGAAGAUGUUCGCCUAACAGAUGAAGAACGCGUCUACCUGAAUGCGGCAGCUACAGGUGAUAUUGGCAUAAUUCGUAUGUCGUUGGAAGACUCCGAUGAUUCAGUUGAAUUCAACGUAAACUGUGUUGAUUAUAUGGGGCGUAAUGCUUUACACCUUGCAGUUGAUUCUGAAAACACUGAUGUUAUGGAAAUGUUGCUGGAUAAGCUGAAUUUCGAAUGUAUUGAAGAGGCAUUAUUACACGCAAUUAGUAAAGGACAUCCUAAACUAGUUCGAGUUAUCAUUGAACACCCUAAUUACCAAGCUGGUGAGGAUCAAAUCAAGAGAAUGGAUUCAAAAAAUGCAUUUUUUCGUACAACAGAAAAAAGUCAGUUUUCUCCAGAUAUUACACCACUCAUCUUAUCAGCACACUAUAACAAUCAUGAAAUGGUACAAAUGUUCCUGUCGCGCAAUCAUACAAUUGAUAAACCACAUUCAAUAUCCUGUCAGUGUAAUGACUGUCAAGUUAGACAAGAUUAUGAUUCAUUGAAACGCUCAAGGUCAAGGUUAAACGCCUACAGAGCCUUAGCAAGCCCAGCGUACAUGGCAUUAAGCAGUCCAGAUCCUAUAAUGACAACAUUCCAGUUACGUCAAGAAAUGAUGAAACUGGCUGAAAUCGAAAAGGAAUUUAAGAAAGAAUAUCUGAUGCUGGUUGAAAAAUGUAUGAAUUUCGCUUGUGAAAUGAUGGAUUUAUGCAGAGGUACACAAGAGGUUGAAGCGGUUAUAUCAGACUUCCUAGAAGACGGAACAAAUAUUCGUGAUCCACUGGGUCGUCUUCGGCUUGCAAUACGUUUUGAAGAGAAAAAGUUUGUUGCUCAUCCUAAUUGUCAACAAUAUUUGACAAGUAUAUGGUACGGGUCGGAGACAGCCUUCCUGCAAUCAUGGUCAUUAAUUCGGAAAAUUGGUCUUUCUGUAGCUGCCACACCUCUACUUCCCCUAUUUUGUAUAAUGUAUAUAAUACUACCUACCUCGAAUAUUGCACGUUCAAUGAGAUGUCCAGCAGCAAAAUUUGCAACUCACGUUGUGUCACACUUUUUAUUCCUUAUACUACUUGCUGCAGCAACAUUCCGUUUAGAAGAGAAUUAUGACGCCUUGUUAGAUGAGCAGAUGCUUGGCACGGGAGAUGAAGACACAAUACGUCAAUGGGUACAGAAAAAUUUUCGGCCGUCUAAAGCUAUUAUAACACAUGUUCAAAUAUGUAUUGUAUUAUGGGUGGCUGGUCUCCUACUUGCUGAUAUUAAACAUAUUUACUUUGCAGGAUUCAGGUCUUAUAUAUGUAAUGCCUAUAAUUUAUUGAAUUUCUGUAUAUUAUCCAUGUAUAUUGGCUCCUAUACUCUACGCAUAAUUGUUGAUCGUUGGGUUCGUGAAUCAGAUUUAUUCUUCAAUGCAACAGCUCAAGUGAAUUAUUUAUUACAUAAUAAUAAUAGUAAAUUGGUGCAUCAAAUGGUUCAGAACUGGACACAAUCGUGUCAUCAUGAUAAAAGUUACUUUAUUACAGCGUCACGAUUUCGAUGGAAAUAUGACGAUCCAGAAAUUGUAUCAGAUGUUAUGUUUGCUGUAGCCAAUGUAGUCAGUUUUGCUCGUACCACAUAUCUAAUGCCAGCAUUCGAAGCCUUGGGACCUCUACAAAUAUCAUUUACACGAAUGCUAACAGAUAUUACACGAUUCAUGGUGCUUUACUUAUUGGUAUUAUUCGCAUUUAUGGUCGGUUUACAUAACCUAUAUUGGUACUAUGGUUUGCAAAUAUUCAAGACUUAUGAUGAAGCAACGAAUACCACACAAACACAAGUAGCGACAGAAAUGUUUGAAGGACUUCGUCAUACACUGUACAGCUUGUUCUGGUCAAUGUUCAGUCAAGUCAGUAUUAGCAAACUGCCUAUUCGUAAACCCGAUCAGGGUGAGCAUAAAUACACUGAUGGCAUGAUUGAUACAGACUCACCGACAGCAAUCGUCGAUAGUGUUGGUAUGGUAUUAUUUGCUGUUUAUCACGGGAUUAUAAUAAUUGUCUUGGUCAAUAUGCUGAUCGCUAUGAUGAGUCAUUCAUUCGAAAGUAUUCAGGAGGACUGUGAUGUGGAAUGGAAAUUCGCGCGUACCCAACUGUGGUUGAAUUAUAUUGACAAUGGUAGUACUCUCCCAGUCCCCUUUAAUGUUAUUCCAACUCCGCAUAGUUUAGCGAAUGCAGUUAAGUUUAUACGUAACUUUUUCAAAGAUGAAACAGGAGUUAUCAGUGGAAAUAUACGAAGUACAGAUUUCGUUAAGGUGAGAAGGGAUAAAGUUGUGAAGGACAAGGAUUUAACGAUUCAAGAGACAUCACAUUCAGAUAUAAUGCAACGACUUGUAAGACGUUAUCUGUUCAAAAUGGAAAGAGAAAACGAUGAGAAAGACGCAGAUGAAUUUCCGCCACCACCAGUGACAGCAGCUGGUGUUAGAGUGAACUAUGAACACUCACAAAAUCCUUAUCAGUUAAGUGUACAAGGUGGUGCACAAACAAUAAAUCCUAAUCAACAAACUGGUAAACGCUUAAAGCGACCAACGUAUGGUUCAGGACGAAGAUAUUCAACCUCCAUAGGCAAUACAGCGUUAGGAGCUGGUAGUAUGCUGGGUGGAAUUAAUCUACAACUACCUCAGUUGGAUGGAAUACAACGUAUGCAGAAGAUAUUAGAUAUGCGUCUACAAAAUCUUCAGGCUCAGUCGGACCAAUUGAACCACGCAUCUGGUAAUGCAAGGAUCAAAGAGGAAAUAUCUCAUGUGCGUCAACUGAUUGGUGAAAGUCAGAAAGCUUUAUCUAGCAUCGUCAAGGCUGUGUCGCAGAUGCAAGAUCAAGUUGUGCAGCUAAAUACAAAUAUGGAACAAUGGAUAUUAGCUCAAGCAAGCGGACGUGAAAUUCGCACUGUAUUUGUUGAAGAACGUAAUCCCAGUACAAAAUCACAACGUGACAGACACCGCCGUGAUCGUAGAGAUAAAGAUCGUGAAUGGGAUUCAUUUGUACGAGAAGCAUAACAAACAGUCUUCAGUGGCACAAACAUACAUUUGCAUGAUACUGUAAAAUUUUGUUUGCAAAGUACCGGAUGUGUGGAAACUUCUUUACCCUGAAAAGGACACUUUUUUUUAAAAGAAAAUAGUAAAUUAAAACCACUACCUACUAUAUUCAUUUAUAAGUAGUCUAUGCAAAUAUUACAUAAAUGCAAAAGUAUUCUAACUAGUCACUGUCAAAUUUAGAAAUAUGAGAAAAUUGGGACAUACCAUCUGUGAUGCCUUAAAAUAAUGUGACAGAGAAAAUGAACAAACGUAUAAAGAAAAUGUAACAUUCUUCCUUUACUCUUGUAAGUGGUUUCUUAAAACUAAAUCUUUAAAAAAAAAUACACGAAGAUGAGAUUGUCUCCAUGUCUCAGUGUUUCUUCAACAUGCAUUCACUGUAAGACUAUUCGCAAUGUAUACCGAAUCUCACUAAAGAAAAGAAUAAUGGGAAACUACUUCAUUACGUUUUGGAACACUUAAUAUCACUAUGGAAAUAUUAGUGUGCGAAGAAAUAGCAAGAAAUGGAAAAAUGGCAUUAGUCCUUAGUAGAACACGUCGCCCGUUAAGCCUUAUGGUGAAAACUGAUCCUCAAAUUUUAUAGUAAGUGAAAUAAUCACUAAAUGGAACACAACUCUGGUAGCUCCUCAGAAGAGACAGUUGGCAAGUUCCACGGGACGCUUUGAUGAACACUUAAAAUGGUCUUCGCCUAUUCAACCUGCUAUUUAACCUCACCCAUAAAAGAUAUGCAGAGAGCGCUCCCUGAAAUGUAAACAAAGUUGUAAAAGCCCUGAAUAAAAUCAAAACCCAGAAAAGCCGAGGGAUCUGACGAUUUUACUUCAGAAGCAUUUAAAGGUAGUGGUGAUGAAUUACUGAUUAGGUUAACUAAGAAAUUAGUUGUUGUGUUGCAACCCAAAAUAGUUCCAUCAUAUUAAUUUACUUCACGAAUAAUCCCCAUCCAGGCAUUGAUGAAAGCAAAACACGUAGUUCAGAGAAGAGUUUCUUCUAGGCGAUUUCAUUUUCUAAACUGUACAAUCGCAAAUAUGUAUGAGUUAUUUUGUAUGCACGUGUACAUUAAGUUUGUCGAACAAAAAUACAAUUAGUUAUGAUUAUUUUAACUAAACAGGUGAAAAUUAGUAGCUUUUUGGUCGGGUUGCGUAAUACAAAAAAGGUCAAGAGGAUUGGGUGUUAAUGAAACUAGUGUAGUGUCAAAGGUGAUGAGUUGUCACAAACAGUUUUUAAAAAUGAAUUACGUAGUAAUAUGAAUAUUUUGAUGAUUGAGUUGUACUCAGGAUACACAUAGGAACAAAGUAGUGAAUACGAAAUCACGUAAGAGUUCUAAAUGAAUACGAGAAUUAUAAGCAAUUAAAGAAGCAAAUAAAUAAAUAAAAUUAAGUCAUCAAAAAUCAACAAAGUUGAUACCAUGAUAAUAGAAGUAGAUGACUGAUUCUUUUUUGUAUGUACAGCUCCGGUUUCAUUAACAUCCAAUUCUCUUGACCUUUUUUGUAUUACGCAACCCGACCAAAAAGCUACUAAUUUUCACCUGUUUAGUUAAAAUAACCAUAACUAAUUGUAUUUUUGUUCGACAAACUUAAUGUACACAUGCAUACAAAAUAACUCAUACAUAUUUGCGAUUGUAUAGCUAAGAAAAUGAAAUCGCCUAGAAGAAACUCUUCUCUGAACUACGUGUUUUGCUUUCAUAUUAGUUUACAUCUCUAAACACCACAAUUUAUAAGGAACAAAACAUCUUCUUGAGACAAUCAAUGAAGACCAAAAUGGCUUGGGGGUAUCUAAGAUUUUAGUUUCCAGAGUCAUGAGUAGGCCGCGUUGAUCACGCGCAAAACAAACUUGACAGAACCAGGCUAGUUAUGUAUCUGUACAAAGGUGCAUUGAACAACUUUUCAGAAACCUAGAUGUGCCUACCGAAUUUCAACACUUUCAGUAUUUCUUAACUUGACGACAGCAUUCGAAUCCAUCUAUAGACAGGUGCUGUGAAGGUAUUUGACCACUGAAGUGAGUGUUUAAUCAAAGCACACUACUAGAACUCAUGUAACUUUUUAAGGGUUUAUGAAUAUGCAUCAUUCGAAGUGACAAAGAUCAGUGCCUACAGUUAGGUUUUCAGUAUGCAGACAUGAUAGAUCUACUAGAUAACGAAAUUUACAAGAUGUUGAUUUCUGGACACCCCAAAAGGAAAUCUAAGUACGUUUUGAAAUGUAAGAUGAUGCUAUUAGGUUGACCUCCACCUUAGACUAGCAAGUGUACUGUGUGAAAUGGACACCUUCACUUACUCCCUAGGUCGCAUUAUUCCUAAAAAACUGGUUGCUGAGCGAAUACCAUCAUAAAUGUAACAGGCUCAUAGGUGUCAGCUAGCUGGGAUUAUGCAUAGUGUAGAUGUUGAAUCUGGUUACCCAACAAAAGUUAUGUGUACUCUUAGUUUUCAGCUGCUAUAUAACCCUUGAAAGUAGACACAAAAUAAAUGGGUUCUGUAUCAGAAAUGUUUUCUUUCCGUUUAUCACAUCGGAUAGAGAAAAGGUGUAAACAGUAGUGAGGUUGGCCAAGGAAUAUUAGAUAAUAAAGGGAUAAGAAUCAUUCAAAUAAUUUGUGCUGAAUCAUUGAUUAAGGUAGCUAGGAUAUGCAUUACAAUGAAGACCCGCCAACCUUCGCCACAAGGUAAUUUUGGUUGUUGGUAAUUUUUGGUUGGUAAUUUUUUCGAAGAUGGCCUUUCAAACUCCUCCUUUCCAUAGUAGAAAUGAAGAAUAGCUGUUACUCUACUCACCUAAGUGAAAACUCUUACUGCUUUUUGAUAUGUAUCCACACAUAUAUAUUUAUGUGUGUGUGUGUAUGUUGGUCUCUCUUUCUGUUUGCUCGGUUAGUCUGUGACCACUUCACUUGUAUGAACUUGUCUCCUUUAAUAAUGUAUAUUCUUCUUAUAUUAUAUUAUAUAUAAUAUGAGUGUUUGUUGACAGUCCGUUGCUU